CCAGAUGUUAGUUGAAGUCAUCUAGUUUUAUUGAGCAUUUUACCCUGUAAAUACUUAUCCCUGCUAUAAAUUUCCCUCAAAUGCAAAAGUGCUUGACGGGAACGCAGCUGAAGCAGAAAACGGCAAUUUUGCGAGUUUUCGCUUUAAUGGCAACAUUGUUGCUGACGUCGCCAUUUCUGUGUGACGUCACCGAAAGCUUAUUUUGGCUAAUACAUCUUUGUUUUUGUACUGUUGUGCGGCUUAUUUGUUUUGCUUGCAUUUUAUUGUUAUUGUGUUUUGUUGUGCAUCUCACAAAUAAGAAAUAAAAUAGUUGUACAAUAAUAGACCAAACGCAUCCAUACACAGAAAUGCAUUGUGGGCAACAUCUCCACAACAAAAUCGAAGAAAUAUGAUCAUUGAUACCAAUGUACAUACUGAUGUUGAAACUGAAGCUUGUGGGGAAGUAGAAACAUUUGUUUGCUGCACUCGUUUUCCAAACAGAUGUGAUGAUGGCAUGAACGAAGAUUUAUUUGUUUGUUCCUCAUCGUGUGUUCCGCCACUCGGUUCUCUUAGCAAUUCAAAUAUCAUUCGUUCGUCUACGCCAAUAACGAAACCAUCUAUAGCCACAUUACUAGAAAAAUCAACGGAUAGUAAACGCUGUAACGAAUUGAAAACAAAGUGUCAACUUAUUUUUGAAAGCUUAACCGUAUUUAGUACUGCCGGCCAAACUACAAAAGUUCAAGCAGUAGAAGUGAUUAUUUUUAAAAAUUUUACCAGAAAUGGUAAUAUAAAAGAGUGGCACAACAAAAUAAGUUCACUUACUUGUACAUUGCUGACAUUAAUCGCUUGUUUACUUCUCAAAAUGGUCAUAGCAUCAAUACCACACGUGAAGGCCGAAAAACUUCUCGACAUUUCCAAUAUGGUGCAAACACGGAUACAAGAGGUUAUGAAAUGGGCGCAUGAGCGGCAGCUGUGUACUAUACUCAAUCCGCUAUUUUGUGGCGUUUUGGUAGCCGUAUUUUCGUACAUGUUGGUAUAUUUGGACAGCGAUAUUCCGGGCAUAAGUCCACCGUCACCUUUUUCACCAUCAAAACAAAUAAUCUAUCGCCACCAACGGCGCAGUGCCUUGCAUUUAGGUUAUAUAAUCGCAUUGGCAGCCGGUUUAUUGGUAACUAUUUUCAUGUACUACGAUUUCGGUAGUUUGGAGAUAUGAAGAGUAUUAUUAAAUGUAAUUUAUUAUAGAAAGGAAUUGAAGAAUUUGAAUACAUGUAGUACAAAUUAAAUUAAGGUUAACAAGAAAUUAGUAUCCUUUAACAUAUAUGUAUAUAUGUAUCACUCAUACAAAAAAAUAUUAUAUACACAUAUAAAUAUAUAAGAUCUUAGAAAAAA